AUGAGUAGAACAGGAGAGAAAGGCUCAGCAACCACCAAAACUCCAGCUGAUUUUCUUAAAUCUAUUCAAGGGCGACCUGUUGUUGUCAAGUUGAAUUUUGGUGUUGAUUAUCGAGGCAUUCUAGCUUGUCUUGAUGGAUGUAUAAAUAUAGCAAUGGAACAAACAGAGGAGUAUGUCAAUGGACAGCUGAAGAAUAAAUAUGGGGAUGCUUUUAUUCGGGGGAAUAAUGUGUUAAAUAUCAGCACAUCAAAGAGAACUCUAGUAGAAGGUGCAUAA